UCGAAGUCCAAAUUUGGAUGGAUAGAAUGUAAUUAUUGCAAACUAGAGUUUUUAAGUGAUCUCAAGGACAUAUCAAGGACAUAAAAACCUAGCGUUUCGAAACCGGAAAUGAAUAGACCUGAGGUUUUCUGGAUUCUCCUUCCACUGAUAAUAUUUGUAUGGAAAACAGAAAACAUAGGAGUAAACUCAUGUAUUAUAUCAGAUGAUGAAUUUGGAAAACAUAAGCAAAACUUCAAACAUCUCUCAUCUCUGCGGAAAGGAAUGCAGUUUAUUUAUGUGAAUAUCAGUUCUCCAUCAUUUGAAAACUUGACUCUUAAUAUGAAGACAUGGAAUAAAAUCACUGAUUGGAUAUGGAUAACACAUGAAUAUAGACACUAUCUGUCAUACCCUGUGGACAUUGACGUAUUUACCCUAGGUUUGAUGAAACAAAAUUCUCAUACUUUAAAUCUAAAUGUUAGUAUACACAAUAUAUCAGUGUGUAAUAACGACACACUAUCGAUUCAAAUUUACCACCAUUUAUUUAAAAUCCAUAACAGUACAAGUGGGUAUUUUUGCUAUCGUUAUUUCGAUAACCAGGAAUGGAAGGAAUUUUUGUUUUUCAUUGCUUAUGUGUCUGUUGGUUAUGAAUUUAAAUGUUUUAAUGGUCUUGACAUGUCAUCUCCUUUUACGGUAAAAAAAUCUCCAAUUAUAUAUAUUACUAUCGCAAUCAUAUUGAUUAUCAUUUCUUACUAUCCUAUGAUAUUGUCAAGAUCUAUGCAUGAAAGAAAGGUUAGGCGAGAACUUGUGGUAUACACUAAAGCCGACUACCCUUACACACCUCGUCGCUUCUUUCUUCGAAUCAUGUUUCAAACUGGGGACCUAAAAUUUGAAAAUUUAUCUGAAUUUCAAAAGAAUUUCUCUAAUUCCACCAGUGCCACUCGUAUUUCCAUCCUGAUAUAUAUUGUGACGGUAACAGCUUUCAUAGUUAAGGUUAUCUUGACAAAUCACUGCGAGGUUUGCUUUCAUCCAAAUGUCCAUCUUUUCCAGGAGAUAUAUUUUACACAUGGGGUUUCUGAACUGAGCAUAGCUUUGAUUGUAAUCACAACCAUUCUCAGUUUUUUUGCCCUGUCUGCAUUGAACAAUAGCAUUUUAGUUCUAUCAAAAGAGUCCAGUGAUCAAUUACUUUUAUUCGAUUAUUUUUUCUGCAAAUUUAUUCCUAUACGGCAUUUCUUAAAACACAUAGAUAUACAGGAAUCUAUUUCACGAAAAGUGGUUAAUCGAUUGUUUUUAUUGUUUUCAUUAAAAUUUUGGGGACAAGUUUAUUUGAUUCCUUUAAAAGCUGAACAAAAUUCAGUAAACAUUAUAUGUACAGCAUGUGUAAAGUAUAUAGGAAAGGUAAUUUUUUCUCCUAUUAUAUUUUUGCUUAACAUACUUUGUAUAUGUAUAUUUUCUCUUUUUCCAAUUUUAAAUCAAUUAUUCUUUUUAUAUUUAAAAAUAUCUACUUUAGCUCUGAGAAGUAUAACUACAUGUACAUGUACAUGUAAGUUUAAAGGUAUUGUAGACCGUCGAUGUUUUUCUUUUUUAUGUAUUAUAUGCAUUUUUCUUUCUUUAGUUACUAUAGGUUUAUCAGCAUAUUGUAAUGCAAUAUUUAUGGGAGUAAGUUGCAUUGUGCAAUUCUUUAUUUAUUUCAUUUUAGUAGCUAUUCCACAUUUGUACUCAACACAGCUUUACAUAUUUCUUAUUGUUACAGCAAUUUUUACGUAUAUGAGCAAAUUUUUUCUACAAUUUUUUCAACUGUAUCGAUUAUUGCUGCAAAAAAUCAUUCAGUUGAAAGGUACAAAUGAUAUACUUAUUGAGGAUUAUGAUUAUAUCGUUAGGCGUUGUUGUCCCGUAAAAAUGGAAAUAUUUUUCCUUUUAGCAAAAGUAUUAAUGACUUCAUUUUUACUCGUAAUCAUGUACCUUACUCUCAUUGAUGUUCACUUUCUUGAGGGGGAAAAGUCGUUUGAUUUAAAUAUAUUUUUGACUUAUGUUUUCAUUCUACUCACACCUGGUGUAAUUGAGGUUUUAUUUUUCGAGAGCAAUGCUGACAAAGUUGAAAAAAUGCACUACGAUUUAGACGAACUAAUUAGACAGUUAACAAGCGUACAUAAUCUUGAUUGCAAUGGUAUCAUAUCUGAGGAUGAUUUGAAUGAAAAGAAGAUUAGGACAACUAAAUUGAUUUUUAAUUAUAAUGAAGCAGAAGUCCCAAAAUCGGGUUGUAAAUUAUGUUGCAAGAUUUUAAGUGAGUUUUACUGUGGAUGUUUCUGGGGAUGUUGCAACGACAUAAAUUGUGGAUGUUCAUCUUCUUUGAUGAAUGAAAAUGAGGGCACGGAAGAAAAUAAUGAAGAAACUCGUAACAAUGAAGAAAAUGUGAAUGGACAAGUAAACAUUGAGAUGACUUACAUGGGAGAAGAUAUUGAUGAACAAGAAAACAUCGCGAUUUCUCACGAGGGAGAAAAUACAAAUGAAGACGAAACAGAAUUAUAAUGCAUCUAUAAAUAUAAUUGAACAGGAAAUAAAUGCAGAAACCGAAAACAUCGUAGAAAAUAAAAAAAAUAAUAAUAAGCAAGAAAACAUCGAGAUUGCUUGAAUCAAAGAAAAUGUAAACGAUAAAGAUAAAAAUACAGAAAGAAAAAGCAUGGAAGACAAUUUAAAGAAAAUUCAGUCAGUCUAGCUGAAUGUAGGUAAAAAAAGCCCGAUCAGGCCUGUGGGAUUUUCAGUUUUGUGUAUAUUUUUAUUUGUACAUAUUGGUUAGCAAACAGAAGAUUUUUGUUCUAACAAAAAUUCCUAAUUCCAUGAUGCAGACAAGACUUUCAUGAUUAAAAAGAAAUAUUCUAGUUGAUGCUC